AAAAAAAACUUGUGUCUCAAAUAUUUUGCCCUAGCUAGCCCCUGCCUGCGCCCCUCUUCCCUUCCCCUCCCCACACUUCCCUUCCGGCCGCUCGCCGAUCGCCAUCGGAACACCCCGCCUGGCCGCGCACCACACGCAGUCUGGUUUCGCGCUCCGCCGUUCCGCUGCCUGCUGCCCACUUCAUCCGGAGGCAUCGCGUAGUAGCUUCUCUCUCAAUCGACGAGCAAUUCCCUCUCUUUUUCCUUCUCCAACCCAAUAAAAGAUAAUCAAUUCUCUGCUAUAAUGGGCGAAAGUGAUGACACGCAAAUACUUACUAGGUGCAGAGAAGAAGGUCCUCGCCUCCUUGCUGUGCUGAAGGAAAUGAAGGAUGGAUUAGAUGCCGUGAGGAGCAAAGUUGAAGCCCUUACCCUUAAGGUGAAACAAAAUCAACUUCCCACAGAGAAUGGGAUUAGUUAUCUGGAGGCGAAGCAUCUUUUGCUUUUGAGUUAUUGUCAAUGUGCCGUCUAUUACUUGUUACGUAAGGCCAAAGGGCUGUCGAUUGAAGGCCAUCCAGUCGUCCGGAGCCUCGUGGAGAUCAGACUCUUUCUAGAAAAGAUCCGUCCAAUAGAUAAGAAGCUUGAGUACCAAGUUCAGAAGUUCACUCGUGCUGCGGAAACCACUGGGGCGGAGAAAAAAAUGAGCGUUGACAUGAAGAAGAAAGAUGACUCUCGAGGAGAGGAGGAUCCAUUAAAGUACCGACCGAAUCCUGACAUGCUUGUUAGCAAGUCUACUGUGGCUACACAGGAUAACGGAGGAGUGUACCGUCCCCCAAGAUUUGCCCCUACAAUCAUGGAUGAGGAUAAGACAACAAAGCAGGAGAAACAGGAUUUGCGGAAGGAUAAAGCACUUCUGAGACAGGCAAAACAGAGUACCUAUGUUAAAGAGAUUAUGGAUGACUUCGAAGAGAGACCUGAAGAGGUGAGAGAGAUAAUAGGUGCUGAAAGUAGAGAACUCACGAGGUACAGGGCGAAGCGUGAGAAGCAGGAGAGACAGGAAGAGGAGCUUUUUAUUCGUGCUCCAGUUACAAAACUUGACAAGAAGAUAGAGAAGCACAUGACAAAGUCAAGGAAUGGAUUGCUUGGCUUGGCCGAUGGAUUCUUUGACGAAAUUGGAAUGAUUCCUCAAGAAGACAAGGAAAAUGAUGAUAUUACUAGCUUCAGAAGUAGCGAUAGAAGGAAAAAGCAUAAGAAGCGCAAGGUAUAUUAACUUCAAAAAAUCAUCUCUACAAUGUUUCUGUCUUUGUAAUCUUUUACAUUCGAAGCCGUCAGUGUUUUUUAUUCCAUGUUUCAAAUGUGACGUUCUAUGCGACUCCAUCGCAAGUGAGAUAAUCAACAAAGAAGUUCUAGUAAAACCACUUGUUUGUGCGAUGUCACUAACAGAAUGUGGAACGAAGUUACCGGGACAAUGAGAGUAAUUUUUUUGUGAUUUUAUUAGUUCCAGAGCA